AGAGAAUGUUUUGUCGACAAGGGCGAAUAACUGUCUUCUUUCUCCUCCCCUUCAUCUGUAGCACCGUGGAGUUGAAACAUGGCUGUGUUCUGAUGCUAAUGAUAGGACUUUCUAUAGCAUCCACCAAGAAAAUAUGGGUGCCAAUGCCUCACAGCUGGAAAAAGAGAUAGGGUCAGAUCAAUUCCCGGUGAAUGAACAUUAUUUUGGAUUAGUAAAUUUUGGAAAUACGUGUUACUGCAAUUCUGUGUUGCAAGCGCUAUACUUCUGCCGUCCGUUCCGUGAAAAAGUUCUGCAAUACAAAUUACAACAGAAGAACCAGAAAAAAGAAACACUGCUAACAUGUCUUGCCGAUCUCUUUUACAAUAUAGCCACGCAGAAGAAAAAGGUUGGCACUAUAGCACCAAAGAAAUUUAUUACCAGGUUACGUAAAGAAAACGAGUUGUUUGAUAACUAUAUGCAGCAAGAUGCACACGAAUUUCUGAACUAUCUCCUAAACACUGUGGCUGAUUUGUUGCAAGCAGAGAAACAGGGUAACCGAAGUAAAUCAACAGUUGGAGGUGUUGAUAUCCAUCCAAAGGCUGCAUCAACAUGGGUUCAUGAUAUUUUCCAAGGAACGCUAACCAAUGAAACUAGAUGUUUAAAUUGUGAAACAGUCAGUAGUAAAGAUGAAGAUUUUCUAGAUUUAUCUGUUGAUGUUGAGCAGAACACAUCAAUAACCCAUUGUUUACGAGGUUUUAGUAACACAGAGACGUUAUGUGCUGAACAUAAAUAUUACUGUGAGGUGUGCUGUAGUAAACAGGAGGCUCAAAAAAGAAUGCGAGUAAAAAAAUUACCUCAGAUUCUUGCCUUGCACUUAAAGCGUUUCAAAUAUAUGGAGCAGUUGAACCGCUACACAAAACUUUCCUACCGAGUUGUAUUUCCUUUAGAACUACGUUUAUUUAAUACCUCUGAUGAUGCAUAUAAUCCGUACCGACUGUAUGACUUGGUAGCAGUGGUGAUUCAUUGUGGAAGUGGACCUAACAGAGGCCACUACAUCAGCAUUGUUAAAAGCCAUGGCUUCUGGUUACUUUUUGAUGAUGAUAUUGUUGAUAAAAUCGAUGCAAGUGCAAUAGAAGAUUUUUAUGGUCUUCCCUCAGAUCUCCAAAAGAAUUCCGAAUCUGGUUACAUUUUGUUUUACCAAUCAUGGGAAUGAGAACAGUGCAGCAGCUGCAGUUGUUAAAUGACUUUAAAUCUUUCUAGAAGACAUGUUCUAUGACCUGUUCCAUUAUCGGACUAACCAGUGUUUGGGUGAAUGCAAGAUCACUCCGAAGCAAUACAGAUUUUGCAUCAACGGGGCUUUCAGUUUUUUCCCCCCCUGAAACCUCUUGUUAGCAAUGAAGCUGGUUUGGUUGGUUUGUUUCUUUCUUCAGCACAUCUUCUACUAGCUACUGCUGCUGCCCCCAGCUCUUUUUACAUCUAGAUGUUGUUGUUGUUAUUGUACAGAACAACAACAUUACCAAAGACCACAGUCACAACAACAACAAUACUAGUUAUAUAACAGAAACAAACAAAGCAUCUGAAAGAGGUAAAUGAUGUUAUGAAGCGUUCUUUUCCUCUUCUUUGUUCCCUGUGAAAAGCUGAAAACUACUUCUGAGCUUACUGCUGAGAAGAAAACCUCAGACUGAGCCCAUUGUGACUACUUACAAACUAGGUAAAGAUGGAAAAUAACAAAGCACCUACUAGUCUAACCUGCCAAACUGUUGGUCUUACAAGGAGGAUUAUGCUAAAGUCUAUGCUCAGCUAACAGUCUUAUAUGGAGGUCUAUCUAGAAUCGUCAGUCUUACAUGGAAAUCCAUGUAGAACUGUCAGUGUUACAUGGAAGUCUAUUACUGAAUGGUCAGCCUGUCUUGGAAACCUAUCCAAAACUGGCAGUCUAGCAUGGAAGUCUAUUCACAAUUGUCAGUUUAACAUGGUAGUCCAAUUAGAACUGUCAGUCUUGUAUGGAAGCCUGUCCAGAACUGUCAGUCUAUGUAUCUAUCCAGAACUGUCAGUCUAAUAUGGAAUACUACGCAGAACUGUCAGUCUUGUAUAGAAGUCUAUUUACAGAAGAAUCAGUCUAACUGGAUGCGUCUAGUCUAAUAUGAAAGUCUAUCCAGACCUCUCAGUCUUAAUAUAGAAGUUAUUCUUGAGCUAACAGUGUUAUGAGUAAGUCUAUGUCAAUGUCUCUACUGAACUAUUAGUCUCACAAAAUGACUUCAGACGACAGUUCUUCCCUAGUGAAGUUUAUUCUCAGUUUUUGCUGGGCUGAGAGUUUUAUAUAAAAGUUUUCAAUAAUCAGCUGUAAUCUAUGUUAAGUCGUCUAUCAGACCCCCACCCCCGCCACCAGAUUUUUAUAUGAAUAUUUAUUUACUCUAUUUAUGAAUUAGCUCUCAAAGUUUUCUUUUAAUAAUAACUAUAAUAAUUUUUCGUAUGUAAUAUAUUCAGCACGUUUAUUUAAAAAAAAACAUGUCAUUUUUAACUAUUAAUGGUUGAAAACAUUUCAAGUAACUCCCCUCUUUUUUUUUUUUAAUCCUGUUUUUUUUUUCUUUUCUAAUUAUUUCCUCAACUUCUAUUUGCCUUUUGUGGGCUGUUCUUUGUAAUAUUUGCAAGAAAAACCAUUGGCAGCAGUAAUACCCAGUAUGUAGAAUAAUUUUAUCAUCGUCUUGUGAAAAAAAAAAAAAACCAAAAAAAAACCAAAAAAGAAACUUUACCAAAUUUUUAAAUAAUCUGUUUAAGAUUCCACAAUAAAAUAUGUGUGACCUUGGUUGAUAUAUGCACGACAGUAGCUACCGCAGUGAUCAACUAUUAUCAUAUAGCAGGACAUGUGAUAUUCUUUAUUUGAAGUUGAUGUAAUUCUCAUCUAUUUGUUGGUUCUUCCCCUGCUACAGUAACAGUUUUGUGAAAUUAUGAGUAAUUUUUUCUUCCCCCCCCCCCAACCCAUUGUUAAAUAAUGUGUUGACAUCAAGAUGUAUCGAGUUUUGUUUCCUUGUUGAAGUGUUCCCUUUGUUUGCCGUCAUUAUUCUUCAAUAUAAACCCCCUACCACCACCACUACCAUCAUGGCUACAUCUUCAGGGUCUGCCCUUUAUUUUAAAUUAUAUUGCUAAAAAGGGGCCACUAUGUUAAAGUUCGUUGCUAAUUGAAAUCACCUCGAUCUAGGGGAGAUAACUUCGCUAAUGUUUUUUUGGCAAGUUUUUGGGUGUUUCGUGGCGGUGUCAGAAUUUGUAGAUUUGGUUUGCAUCUGGUACGAGAUUCCAUUUAUUGUUUAAUUUAUCUUUCUGUGCCUUUCUCUCCUCCUCGAUCUAUCGGUAUGUCUUUCCUUUCAAAACUAGAACUAUCUUACAAGUGAUAUUUUAAACGAAAUGUGUGUUUUACACAUAAAAAAAAACAUUGAUAUUCUUCAAAUUUAAGGGUUUUUUUAAUACUUAAUAUAAUAAUUUAUUCACUGUAGAUUCUACAGAAAAAGGAGAAACUAUUGACUGACAUCUAUUACAUCCUCACUAGAGCUAAUAAUAUAUAUGUGUUCAUAUUGUAAAUCAUUAGCAACAGUUCUACAGAUCAGUUUUAAUUAAUUUAUACCAAUUAUUCUAAUAUCAAAGAAACUGUCCCUUCCAUGAGUCAUCCUUUCUAACUUUCAAUAGAUUUAAUUUUCACUUUCUGGUCCCGGUCAAUUUAAGCUAUUUACUUCAGUAAUGCCUCUUAUAUCAGUUCAAAAUACAACCAGGAUCCACUUUGCUUUUCAUUUUUUCCAGAGCUGAUAAAAUAAGUACCAGUCAUCUACUGUUGCUUAUUUAAUCUUUUGCCUGUCCCGUGUAUCCCGUGUGAUUCACAGGACAUACUUUCCUCACGUCCAUGCAUUCAUAUUAUGAUACACAUUCCCAAUUUUUGUCAACCACCAGAGUAAAUUGAGACUUAGGAAAGAGAAGCUUUACAUUACUUGGAACAUAUGAAAGAUGGUCUAACUAAAAGUCUGAAAACAAGCAUGGACAUUUAAGACAAAGUUAUGAAAAUGCUUUGGAUGGGCAAAAAGUUAAUUAAUCC